GCUAUUUUAGAGCACUGUAUCCUGCAUCUCAGCAUCCUUUUAAAUUCAUCUCGUUUUUAGGAUUUGAACCCAAAACAAAUCGUUUUUUUAAUGAAUGUGACAAGUGUAAUAAUGUGACUUUGUUCAGUCGGUGCUCAAAGGUUCUAUGUUCAAAUACUUCAUUUGGCCAGAAGAUCAGGGCUGGAAGUGAUCGUCUCCUCAUGGGCAGCGUGUUGGCCUUGUCAUCUCGCUCUGGGCGUCAGAAUUCUCCUUUCCCCCAGGACAGACCACUGUCUCGGUGGGACAAGAGAGACGGAAGACUUUCAAACCCGGGCAGCUUUGAUGGCCUUCAUCGCAGCUGCAAAGGUGUGUUUCCACAGCAGGUUGAAGGCGUCAAAAUGGUCAUAAACAAAACCCUGAGCAGCUUUUUCAAGGUCAGCCACACGUUUCAUAUCAGUGCCGUGGUUCCGUCGACAUACCGGUUCCAUGUGGAGCACCUACAAUCAGACGCAGACAGCAAAGAAACAUCUCCUCUCUGCUCACAGGGCUCACCCAUGCUCAUUGGAGAGAUGGACUCGUCUGGCAGCCUGAACGCUCACUCUUUAUUCCACCUGAGCGAGCGACUACGAGCCAAAGCAGUCUUUCAGACCGUCCAGUCACAGUUCGUCACGUGGCAGUUCGAGACCGAGUACAGAGGCGGCGACUUCACAGCCGCUGUCACUAUGGCCAACCCAGACAUCCUUAGAGAAUCUGUUAUCAUGGUGGCGCACUUCCUCCAGAGCGUCUCUCCGCAGCUGGUUCUUGGCGGAGAGUUGGUUUACCAUCGAGGACGCGCUGAAGAAGGCGGCAUCCUCACCCUUGCUGGGCAAUACUCAGGUCCCAAUUGGGUUGCUACGUUAAACGCUGGUAAAGGAGGAGCCCAUGCCAGUUAUUACCAUAGAGCCAACAAGCAGAUCCAGGUGGGAGUGGAGUUUGAGGCCAGCACUAGGACCCAGGAGACCAAGUUCUCUUUUGGCUAUCAAAUGAAUUUACCAGAGGCCAACAUGGUUUUCAGAGGUAUGCUGGAUAGUCGGUGUAUCAUAGGAGGUGUUCUGGAGAAGCGCUUGUGUCCUCUUCCAGCAACGCUCAUCAUGGGGGCCUUCGUCAAUCACAGAGGAGACAAGCUGCAGGUCGGCCUCGGAGUGAACGUCGGCUAGCACGCGGGUCUUCAGUGGAGCUUCAGAAAUAUCCUCAGGUCUGUCCAAAUGACUCUAAAGCUAAACGAACCUGGAUGUUAUGACACAUCUGAGAUGGACGGCGUUAACACACAGGUACAGAAAUGAGAAACUAAACACUUCCACAUUGGUGCUGUCGUUCCUCAAAUCAUGACGAAAGCCACAAGCGAUCCUAACCAUGACGGGAUAUAUGACUGGAGAAGAAACUGGACGUUUAUGCACUUUUUGGAGUAAGACAUAUGCAGCAUUACAUUUUGAUUCAUUAUGCAUUCAUUUGCAAUUUGCUCUGAUAGAAGAAGGAAAAAAAACAGUUCCAAAUAUUUUUUUUUUAACAGAAAUCCACAUGCAAGCAACUAAUCCAGAGGAGUGACAAUAUUUUGAAAGUUUUAUGAUAUAAAUAUUGUGCUGAAUCUUGUCAAAUGUAUUCUACAACCAAUUAUUUGUGCACAUUU